GUUUACAUUCUGAUAUGGAAAUCGACGGCGAUUAUAACGAACGCAACCACAGCGGUCGCAGCAGUCGAAAGAGUGGUGGCCGCAAUACUGGUUACAACAGCAGGGAUUUCUCUCCAAACGGAGGCAAUUGUGAAGUAAUUCGAAGUCGAAAUAGUGGUUUUAAUAGUCGCAACAGCAGAAACAAUGGUUCUAACAGUGCUGGUGCCUCAACACCUUAUCGAGAUUACGAUAAACAUGGUACUCUAAAGAACAGCAAUUCAAAAAAUAAGAAACGCAGGAAUGGCGUAUACUCAGACACCUCAGACAAACAGUCCAGAUCUGAUUCGCGUCAAUCACUAAGCCCCUCCCACUCCCCACUAAGCCCCACCUCACCUGCAUCAACACCAAAUAUCUCCCAAUCAAGGCAGAGUCGGAAUCAGGCGCCUUCCCCUGAUUUGCCCAAAUCCCAAGCCUUAAUUGCUGAGACGGACAAGCCGGUCGCUGAUCGGAGCAAAAGCAACAUCAGGCGGGGCUUGGAAGCGCUAAUUCUUUCAGAGAACACCAGGUCUUCCAGCCAACCAGCAGUGCCAGAGAUGACCAUUGAGGACUAUGUGAUCAUAGCAGAUAUUCCCCGAACGAAGCUGUACCCUGAGGAAGAAGAAGCAAUAAUAGUGAGGAGGAGACCUCAGAGCAGGAGCCCACGCAGAGACAAUCAACACAGCUAUGGGGAUGGGAGCUAUGGCAAUGAGCAUGAGGUUUCAGAAGAGCGAGGCAGAGGAAGAGAAAGAGAGAGAGGAAGAGACCGGAAAGAGAAAGAGCGGAGACGUCUAGACAAAGAGGGAGGGUCAUCAAAGACCAACAGCACUACAUCAGGCCAUUCACAGAGGUCCAGUAAAAAAGCAGAGAAGAUUAGGACGGUAAACGGAGGACACAAAGGUCCAGAACAGCCCCCUCAGAUGCAGCUUGACCUUCUGAACUGUAAAAAGGGAUGGAUGUAUUUGUUGGAUGAAGAUGAAGAGUGGAGGAAGCACUGGUUUGUUAUCGCUGACUCAGAACUGAGAUACUAUAGAGACUCUGAUGCUGAAGAGAGAGAUGAGGCAGAUGGGGAGAUUUAUUUACAUCACUGUCUGCGAGUGGAGGAAUUUGAUGCCGACAAAAACUAUGGACUUCAACUGCAUAUGCACGAUGGACUGGUGACCCUGUCAGCGAUGACCUCCAGAAUCAGGAGGAACUGGAUCGACACACUGAGGAGGAGGAUCUCCUUCAGGGAUUCAGCUGAAAGCAUCCAACACCAAGACAACAGUGACAUCAGCGACAGAGAGAACUCCAGUUCCCAGAAUGCACUAUCCCGAACCUCUCCCGCACCCCACGACCCAGGGUCAGACGUUAUCGGUCCAUAUCAAGAUGAAACCGACAUGACGUCCUCACCUUUAACCAAUCGGAGGGAGGCAGGCGAGGGCCGUGACCGAGAUCACGAAAGACGUCUGGAGGACAGAACCAAGUGGUUCCAGGAGGGAAUAUCCGACAGGGAGGGCGAGGACCCCUGGGAAAAGGUGGAGUUGAAGAAGGGUGCCACUCCGGUGGUUCUGACCAAGCCGAGGGUUCCUGACGCUCAGACGGUGCCGGACAUCGAGAGGAAGUGGGCGGACUUUGAGCAGCUUCCUAUCGGAGAGAACAGGUCACCUGUUGGUUCCCAGAAUCCGCAGGCGACGAAUGAGGUGCUUCAGCGAGAGGUGGUGUCUCUGAGGCAGCAGAUCGAGGCUCUUCGUCAGGUGCGUGUGGCGGCCGGUGUCGCGGGUCUCUGCGGUCCUGACGCGCCCUGCGCUCUGAGACUGGAGCAGAUGGAGAGAGAGCACAGAGAGAGACUGAAGGAGAUACACAACGAGCACGAGAGAGAACGCAGAGAGAUGGAGAGAGACAAACAGAGACUGCUGCAAGAGGAAGCCAGAAAUACUGUUCAGGCUAUGGAGGCUCUGAAGAAAGCUCAUCAAGAGGAGAUUGAGAGACUGAAGGGUCAUGGAGGAGGAGAGCCAACAGACCCCUCCGUCAAAGAACAGCUACACGAGUCGCUCUCUCUGCAGCGGGAGCUGGACGGACUGUCGGAGCGUUAUUCCCAGCAGUGUGUGGAGCUCAACCGCAUCCAGAACAGCACUGAAGAUCGAGACGGACAGAUCCGACAGAAGGAGAGAGACAUGGAGCAGCUCCGCCAGGAGAACCAGGAACUGCAGGCGCGUCUGACGGAGGAGAUAAGUCUCAUGCGAUCCUUCAUCACAGGUCAAAGGUCAGGAGUUGUCCCCCUUGGCAGCUACGAAAGGAGCACCUCCGAAUUAGAGAUGUUGCUGAAAGUGAAGGAGAGUGAGGUGGAGUAUCUUCACAAGGAGAUCAGCUGUCUCAGGAAAGAGGUCCAAACUCUAACUAAGGAGAAUGAAGCGCUGAGUGAGCGCUAUAAGGAGGUGUAUGUUGAGCUGAGUGAAUUAAGGGGCCGCAGUGAGAGAGACAUCAAUGCACUUAAAGAACACCUCAAACUCACUGAUGCCGCACUGGAGGAGGGGCGUCUCCUAGGCAACCGCAGCACCGACCAAUGAGAACACAGCAGGAGCUCAUAAGAUGGAAACAUUAGAGUAACAUUGGGAUGCAUUGGUUUCGGCCACAUAUAUACCGGAUAUUGUGUUAUGUGGAGGUCUUUUCCUGGUUAAUUUAAAAAGCUUUUUCUUUAGAAACUACAACGGUGCUAAAAAUGAAUAAAUAUUCCAUAUUCUUAAAGCAAGAUAUAUUUUAAGUUAAAUGCAAUAAAAAUGGCACUUUCUAAGUGUGUGAAAAA